GACAGAUCUAGAGAGUUUGUGCGCUGUCUACGUUUAACAAGUAAUUAAUAAUGGCAUUCAAGGCUAGUAGAUUUGGGGAGGCUUAUAGGAGGUUCAAACCACACCUCCUCAUUGUUCUUGUUCAGAUAGGUUAUACAUUCCUCUACUUUAUUACAGAAGCUUCGUUCAAUCAUGGAAUGAAUCCUCAUGUCUUCGUAACUUACCGACAUAUUGUAGCUGGUUUAGCGCUGUUUCCUUUUGCAUUUUUUCUUGAAAGAAAAGUAAGACCUAAGCUGACAUUAGCGUUGUUUGUUGAGAUAUUUCUGCUGUCUUUCUUUGGGAUCAGUUUAACCAUGAACAUGUAUUUAGCAAGCUUGAGAUACACCUCUCCUACGUUCAUUACGUCCAUGCUCAACACCAUUGCUGCCUUGACCUUUGUAAUUGCGGUUGUAUUCAGGUUGGAGGUUGUUGAUGUUACAAACCCUCGUGGGAUAGCAAAAAUUGUUGGGACCCUGGUUUCCUUGGCUGCUGUCAUGACUAUGACACUGUACAAGGGUCCUGCAGCAAGAAACAUAUCGGCUGCUUUAAUCAAUAUCGGAAAUGGUAGCAUCCAUGAAAAUUGGUUGAAGGGUCCGAUUCUUACUGUGGCUAGCUGCAUCACUUGGUCGGGAUGGUAUAUCAUGCAGGCAUUCACACUGAAGAGAUAUCCAGCACAGCUUUCACUGACCACAUGGUUGUGCCUUAUUGGAGGAGCACAAUCAGCUGUCUUCACGGUCUUCGUAGAACAUAAACCCAGAGCAUGGAUAAUUGGAUUCAACGUUGAUUUUUGGGCAAUCUUAUAUGCUGGAGUGGUUUGCUCUGGUUUGCUAAUCUUCAUUCAACUAUGGUGCACAGAACAAAGAGGGCCGGUUUUUGUGACCAUGUUUAAUCCUCUAGGAACUAUAAUGGUCGCAUUUGUGGCAUACUUUGUGAUUGGUGAAAAGCUCUAUUUGGGCAGGGUGCUAGGAGGGGUUACUGUCAUCAUCGGUCUCUACUUGAUAUUAUGGGGCAAAGAAGGGGACCAGAAAUUCAGCAAAAAAGCUCAAGAACUCUCCUCUUUAACUUGCGAAAAAGAGGAUAAAGAACACAAUAUACAAGCUGCCUCAGCAGAUAUUUCAAAGGAAUUCUUGGAUGUUUAAAUCCUCAAUGGAUUUCUGAAGAUGUAAAGUGACUCGUAGUGAAUAGUGAUGUAUUUCAGCGAAAUAAAAACCAUAAUUUAUGUGGAAAAAAACGAUAUAAAUAAGUGGAA